AAUGGUUAACGUUGGAAGGAAGCGACACGGCAAUCUUCCUUCGUCCCAUUCCGAGGCGAAGCGAAAGGGGAAGGCGGAGGCGGAAGGCAAUCGGAGGGUGUCGAGGCGGAGGCGACGGGUGUUUCCACCCGAGCGACGGGAUGCCGGUAACGACGAGGCGCGCGGCCACGGCGGCGCCGGUGGUGGUGGAUGAGGAGUUGGAGCUCGCCGCGGCGAUCGACAUCUCCUCGGACUCCGACACUGGGUCGGAGUCGGAGGAGGGUUCGGAAUUGGAGGAGGACUCCACUAGCGACGAGGACUUCAGCGACAGCGACGCUGGUGGUGGGGAAGCCAGCGGCGAGGGGAGCGAGGAGGAAGCGGGGGCGGGGCGAUUGGGCGCGGAUCGCAGAGAAGCCGCAUGCAGCAAAAUCGCCGGUCUCCUCCGCGGUGGGAGGAAUCUGGAGGGGAUUAAGUUGGUGGAGUGCAAGGCGUAUUUAAAGAAGAAUGGUCUUAGCCAAACUGGGGACAUAGCUACUUGUGUAGACAGAAUAAUGCUUCAUUGGAGGUUCAAAGAUGGGGAUCCGGAGAAAAUUUAUCCACGGUCAUCCUUCUGUAUCAACUGUAAAGGUGAUGUCUGUAGGGCCGAUGCCGUCCUAUUCAAACAGAAGGUGUAUGGGAAGAGUGGAAAAAGGCAUGCAAAAUGUAUAGGGAAGCGUAUAGUAGCUGGCAGAGUCAUUAAGGAAAGUUAUGGUAGAGGAAAGCAGCAACACACGUUUACUAUUCAAGUGUUUUGGAGCAAAGGAGCAGGCAAUUUACCACCUUUGCAUCUGUUACUUGUGAAAGGGCGCAACUUAUACAGAAUGAUGACUUUUCGUCAGCCUUGGCCAAAUGAAAUGGAAAGACUGAAGACUCUAGAAGAGAAGCACAACAGAGGAGAUGCUGCAAGGCGUGUUCGUGCUUUGAAUAGACCUAAGUCUGCCGGAAACACUCUUAAGGGCAAGAAAACAUUGGAAAAAGAAAAGCGGUCUGGAAGAUCUGACCAUGGAUCUAAUGUCACUAAAGGGGAUAAAGGCAAAAAACGUCCUGCACAAUCCUCCAAUUUUGAUCUGCCUAACAAAAGGUCUAAGAAAGAAGGGUGCCAAGUGCCUUCCGGAAAAGAACGCACUGGGGGUUGGAGGGCAAACAAAAAAAACUGUUCCCACCUGGACAAGAGCAUUUGUACCAGCCGUAGCAGUUCUCUGUGCAAUGGCAGUAGAGAGAAGAAUCAUGCUACCUUGCAGAACAACUGUCACAUGGCGCCCCUCAACAAGGGUCCAUCUAGCACAGAAGUUGGGAUGACUAAAAGGAACGCUGGUUCUGAGCAAAAAAACAGCAUUGGUGACAGACAUGCUCAAUUUGAAGGAAGAUUCAUAACUCCAGCUUCUCAUGUCCAGGCAAGUCAUGGAGAUUUUGUUGGAAUACAGCAUCCUUUUGUUGGGAGGCCUCAACUGCCGCCUCCAUUGCGUGAAGUUGGUAACGUCCGGCUGCCUCACCCUGGUGGCAGCUCAACAGCUUGUCCAAACCGUCCAGAUGCACUAUUCAAUGCUACAAUGGGUUUCCGACAUCAAAACACGGCACUGGCUGGUCCGCAUGCACCUUCAUAUUUCAGGGGAUAUCCACCCAAUCAACAGAGGGUAGCAUUUCCAUCGCACAUGCCACAGACUGUGUACCAUCCUCAUUCAGAAGCAGCAUAUGUUGUGCCACACUUCAGAUAUCUUAGUGGGAGUACUGGUUUCCGUCGAUAAGGCAGUUGGGUCGAUGCCAGUUGCAUUGUUGAUAGUUGCACUGGUGGUCAUAUAUGUGGCCUUGCUUUAGUUUUGAUGAAUGCCGUUUCGUUGUUGAGCAGCAUUUGCCGAGGUAAUUCUGCUACUUUCUCUUGCAAGACAUCUGGUCAUUUUUUGCCAACUAUAUAUCUUUUUCUGUGCUUCCAGUGUA